ACACACCUUCUCGCUGCACACACACACACGCACUGAGAUGGUAACCAAGAUUACGAUGAUGAAGAUGAAGCUGGUGAUGGUGGUGCUGGCAGCACAUCUGCUGAACGUGAAUGCUGCGACGCAGCAGCAGCAACAGAGACAGCAAAAAUUGCAAGAUUUAGACUAUAUAGGAGACCUGUAUAGUCGCAUCGAGGAGGUGAAAAAAAUGUGUCAAGUGAAAAAAGUGGCCUUCACCGCGGCUCUGGUGCCCUCUGACGUUAAGGGUGAGGGAAUAGGAAUAAUAGGACCCUUCUCCUCUAACACCAUCCUCAGACACCGCCGUGUCAUCACCAACAUUGGCAAUGCCUACAACCCACAGACAGGCGUAUUCACCGCUCCAGUGAAGGGCGUUUACUUUUUCACCUUCACCACCUACAGCUGGGUGGCCAAGGCUACCAUCGGUGCGAGUCUCUACCGGAACAACGAGGAGGUGCUGCUGAUCUGGGAGUGGCAGGACGCCGGAGAUAAUGAAGAUUACGCCUCUAACUCGGCCACUCUGGUCCUGAUGCAGGGCGACAUCGUGUACAUCAGCCUGCCCAAGGGAUUCCAAGUGGCGGCCAGCAUUUUGUCCAACAUGCAUACCUUCUCUGGGUUCAUGCUCUACCAGCUCUGAUCUGCUGAUGCCUUCUUUCAGCUUUCGCAUUCAUUUUUCUGUGCUCUUUUGAUGUAAUUAUUAAUUAUGUAUUUGAUUACAUAGAGAAUCGAAAGAGUCUGCACUGUAAACCCAGAAGUUGUUUAAACUCAUGUUAUAAAUAAGUAUAUUUUACAUAAAAUUGGAUAUUUCUAAACAAUGCUCAACUAUUUUGAAUUUUAGUCUGUUACCAUUGGCAGCUUCUUUUCCAUUGGCUUCUGUUACAAUAUAUUUGCAUACUGGGUGUGUCCAACAGUUUCUGACAGACACUCACCAUCAGUGUGUAGUGAUUCCCCCUGGGCUACCUUAAUAAAUAAUAAUUAAUAAAUCCAGUUCUUCUUUAGUUAUAAUAACUUGAUGUUUUAAUUAAUGCUAACCCAAGUUUUCAGUCCCAAAUACUUAACUUUUAUAAGGUAAAUUCAACUUAUCCAGGCUUACAGUAUAGAGAACCUUUUUCCAUGUGCUACAAAUGCAGGUAUUGCUACGAAUGUAUCAUUAAAGGGAAAUGCCAGGUGUUUCUAGAAUCAAUAAGAUGAAAAGAGUUUAAGAGACUAAGACUAGGGAACAAUCACCCACGGAUCAAUCAUUUACAUUUGAAUGCUUGGUUAUGCUGCUUUGCCAUCAGCAGCCGGAGUCCGAGAGACAGCACAGUUGCCCAUGCUGUCUUUUUGGUGGGUAGUUAUAGGGGAUAAGAGUCUGAGUGAGUGGGGUAAAAUGGCUCAGCUACAAUUUUAGAAAGGAAACAAAUUGACAAUAAUUGUUAAUAAGUAAUAAUACGUAAUUUAAAACCAAUGUGAACCAUUCAGCCAAUCAUAAAGGAGUCUACAAACUCAAAUUAAACCAAAUCAUACUGCACCGUUAAAAGUUCAGACAGUGUUAGCAAAGCAAACUUAAAAAAAAAACAAAAA